ACAUGCGCAGUGGCGCCGAGGCGAGGUCGCGGCGAAGCAGAGGCGCUGGGGCUUCUCGGCCGGGUUUCUCAGGACCGGGCUGGAACGUGCAGCUCCUGGCCGCCCACGCUCUGCUUUGCGGGGAAGGGAAGUGGCGGAGCCCGAGGACCCGCUGCCGCGCGGGACUGAGCCCGCCACGCAGGCGCCAGUGCCAGCGCCGCCAUUGUUGCCUGUGGCCUCAGGGCCGCUACGGCUGCCCGUCGGCCGGGUCCCAGCGACAGGGUCUCUUAUCCAUCCCUGCAAGUUCUGGGCUCAGAAUUUGUCACUAAGGCUGCUAACUCUACCUUGAUUCUGUUCUGCCCUCGGCUGCAGCAGCCUUUGAUAUAGCGUCCUUGUGACUCUAGCAUGAGACUUCAAGCAGUUGCCUCACUACUGGAGAAAUAAAGGAUAUUGCCAGAUUGACUCUCCUGUCUGUAGCAAUGUUAGUCUCAAGCAAGAGGAUGAACAGUUCUUCACGUUCCCAAAUCCUUCUAAGGUGGAAGUCAGACAAGGCUCAGAGUGGACUCUACCAUGUUGAGAAGGAAAUCCUUACUUCGAGAUUCUUGCGUGACACUGAGACCUGUCGACAGAAUUUUAGGAAUUUUCCAUACCCAGACCUGGCUGGUCCUCGAAAGGCAUUGAGUCAACUCCGAGAGCUCUGCCUUAAGUGGCUGAGACCUGAGAUUCACUCAAAGGAACAAAUUUUGGAACUGCUGGUGCUGGAACAAUUCCUGACCAUCCUGCCUGGUGAGGUUAGGACUUGGGUAAAAUCCCAAUAUCCAGAGAGCAGCGAGGAAGCAGUGACUCUGGUGGAGGAUUUGACUCAGAUUCUAGAAGAGGAAGCUCCUCAAAACUCUACCCUUUCCCAAGAUACCCCAGAGGAAGACCCCAGAGGAAAACAUGCUUUCCAGGCAGGGUGGCUAAAUGACUUGGUGACCAAAGAAUCAAUGACAUUCAAAGAUGUGGCUGUAGACAUCACCCAGGAGGACUGGGAGUUAAUGCGUCCUGUACAAAAGGAAUUAUACAAGACUGUGACGUUACAGAACUAUUGGAACAUGGUUUCUCUGGGACUUACAGUGUACAGACCAACUGUGAUUCCCAUAUUGGAAGAACCAUGGAUGGUGAUAAAAGAAAUUUUAGAAGGCCCUAGUCCAGAAUGGGAAACUAAAGCCCAAGCAUGUACUCCAGUAGAGGAUAUGUCUAAACUCACAAAGGAAGAAACCAAGACCAUCAAAUUAGAAGACUCAUAUGACUAUGAUGACAGAUUAGAGAGGCGAGCCACAGGAGGCUUCUGGAAAAUUCCCACUAAUGAAAGAGGUUUCAGUUUGAAGUCAGUCCUUUCACAAGAAGAUGAUCCUACAGAAGAAUGUCUUAGUAAAUAUGAUAUAUAUAGAAAUAAUUUUGAAAAGCAUUCAAACCUAAUUGUACAGUUUGAUACCCAGUUAGAUAAUAAAACUAUGUAUAAUGAAGGCAGGGCAACCUUCAAUCAUGUCUCGUAUGGUAUUGUACAUAGGAAAAUACUUCCUGGAGAGAAGCCUUACAAGUGUAAUGUGUGUGGAAAAAAAUUUAGAAAAUACCCAUCCCUCCUGAAACACCAAAGUACUCAUGCCAAAGAGAAAUCAUAUGAAUGUGAAGAAUGUGGGAAAGAGUUUAGGCAUAUCUCAUCCCUCAUUGCACAUCAGAGAAUGCACACUGGAGAAAAACCAUAUGAAUGUCACCAGUGUGGUAAAGCCUUCAGCCAGCGUGCACACCUUACCAUACAUCAGAGAAUUCAUACUGGAGAGAAACCCUAUAAGUGUGAUGACUGUGGAAAAGACUUUAGUCAGCGUGCACACCUUACCAUCCAUCAAAGAACACAUACUGGAGAGAAACCAUAUAAAUGCUUGGAAUGUGGUAAAACCUUCAGUCAUAGUUCAUCACUGAUUAAUCAUCAGAGAGUUCAUACUGGAGAAAAACCUUAUAUAUGUAAUGAAUGUGGGAAGACUUUCAGUCAGAGUACACACCUUCUUCAGCAUCAAAAAAUACAUACUGGGAAGAAACCGUAUAAAUGUAAUGAAUGUUGGAAAGUGUUUAGUCAGAGUACUUACCUUAUUCGACAUCAGAGAAUUCAUUCUGGAGAGAAGUGUUAUAAAUGUAAUGAAUGUGGAAAAGCCUUUGCUCACUCCUCAACCCUUAUUCAACAUCAAACCACUCAUACUGGAGAGAAAUCAUAUAUAUGUAAUAUAUGUGGGAAAGCCUUCAGCCAGAGUGCAAAUCUUACUCAACAUCAUAGAACACAUACUGGAGAGAAACCAUAUAAAUGCAAUGUGUGUGGGAAAGCAUUCAGCCAGAGUGUGCACCUUACUCAACAUCAGAGGAUUCAUAAUGGAGAAAAACCCUUUAAAUGCAAUAUAUGUGGGAAAGCAUAUAGGCAAGGUGCAAAUCUUACUCAGCAUCAAAGGAUUCAUACUGGAGAGAAACCCUAUAAAUGUAAUGAAUGUGGGAAAGCUUUUAUUUAUUCCUCAUCACUGAAUCAACAUCAGAGAACUCAUACUGGAGAGAGACCCUAUAAAUGUAAUGAAUGUGAUAAGGAUUUUAGCCAGAGAACAUGCCUUAUUCAACACCAGAGAAUUCACACAGGAGAGAAACCCUAUGCAUGUCGUAUAUGUGGUAAAACCUUCACCCAGAGUACAAACCUCAUUCAGCAUCAGCGUGUUCAUACAGGUGCCAAACAUCGUAAUUAAUGGAUUAGGGAAACUUCAUUUAGGUUUUACAACUUUAUUUCGAUUUUAUUUUGUGCGUUCUGUGUGUUAAAACAUUCAGAAGAAAUCCGAAGAAGUGCAAUAUACUAGAUACCACUCAGCAAAAGUAUCACAAUUAGUGGUAUGGAUAUAACCUAUUUAGAUUUAAUGUGAAAUUUAAGAAGGAAAUUUGACUUCUUAACCUUUAUUUGAUAUGAGUUUAAUUCAUUACAGAAAGAAACCCUGUGAAGGGUAUUCAAAAACAUAAUUCAUCAACUCUUUAUUUCAAGUACAGUGAUUCCUCAGUAUACUCGGGGAAUUGGUUCCAGGACCACCCAUUUAUACCAAAAUCUACCCAUACUCGAGUUGCACAGUCAGCCUGGUGGACCUGUGUAUAUGAAAAGCCCUACGUCUAUGCAGGUUUCCUAUCCAUGAAUAAUGUACUUUCAAACUCUGUUGAGUUGAACAAAAAAAAUCCAGUAUAAGUGGAUCUGUACAGUUCAAACGUUGUUCAAGGGUCAACUGUACAUCUUAAUGAGGCCUUAUGAGUAUAACUUGGGAAAGUGUCCAUCAAGCAGAGAUUUCACACUAGAGAGUAAUCUUAAAAUUGCAGAAAAAAGAAAGCUGCUUUCAGGCCUUUUAUUUUUUCCCAG